CUUCUUUCCCUCUUCACGCUUCUCAUCACGGCGGUGGCCGCGCAAGGCGUACUCGAGCUCACGAAGAAGAACUUUGACGAGGUUGUGCUCCAGGCCGACAAACACACCUUGGUGGAGUUCUACGCAUCGUGGUGCUCCCACUGCAAGCGGAUGCUCCCACAGUACGAGGAACUCGCAGAGUUGUUCCAUUCCAAGACAGACAACGUCCAGGUGGUCAAGAUUGACGGCGACAAGUAUGGCAAGUACGCCAAGCGGUAUUCCAUCGAGGGCUACCCUACGAUCAAGUUGUUCAAGAACGGUGGGCUUAAGCCGGAGGAUAUUAUCGAGUUCGAAGGCAGCAGAGAUAUGGAAAGUAUGCGCAGCUUCGUGCUCGCGCAUACCAAGGUCAGCUUGGAGCCGGUGAAGCUGGAGCCGGUAAAGCCAGAGCCUGCGCCGGUAGUGCGUCUUUUCGACGCCAACUUCGAGGCCAAGGUGUUGAAGAGCAGCAGACCGUCGUUGAUUGCGAUCACCGCUUCCUGGUGCGGCCACUGCAAGAACCUCCACCCGGAGUUUGAGGAGGUGGCACGCGUUUAUGCCCAUGACGACAUCACCAUCGGGGUCGUGCAGACCACAGACGAAGAGGAGACCUCCUGGAUCAGGAGUACCUACGACAUCAAGUCGUAUCCAACAAUCCUCUUCUUCGACGGUGUGGACCCACAGCCGACACCGUACUUGUCUGGCCGCUCAUUACCAACCUUUGUCGAGUACAUUAACGCCAGAGCGCACUUGUACAGAUACCUCGACGGUGAGUUGCUUCCGCAUGCCGGUGUAAUUACGAAGGUACACGAUAAGUUGCAGGAGAUCUACGCCGGCGACGACGUGCACGCGGAGUUGGCCGAAUUGGCCAGUGAGAUUGAAAACGACGACUGGAUGGCCAAAUGGGACACCAGCAGCUACUAUGUUAAGUUGAUCAACAAGGCGUUGAACGGCCAGGAGGAGUUCUACACCAGAGAGCAGACCCGUUUAGGCAAGAUCUUGGAAAAGUCCGGUGCCAGCCUCGUCCAGGACAAGAAGGACACCUUCCAGAAGCGCAUCAACGUGUUGAAGAGCUUC